GAGUACCAGGAGCUUCUUACUGGUGAAAGAUCAUUAAAUCCCCACCACAGAGUGGCUCACUCAAGGCAUCUCUCAGCAUAAGGGCUCACUGGAAGUAGAUCAUUCUGUGUGCGCCUGUGGCUGGAGUCUCAUUUGGGUCACCGGUUCAACCCAGCUAGCUUGAUCUCAGUGUGUUGAGUGACACUGCCAGCAUGACCAAAAGCAGUGGGGAGAAGCCACGGUCCCGCAGCCGCGUGCAACAGUUUCGAGAGAGAAUUCACCUGCGUUCCCUUAAGGCAAAGAAGAAAGUGGAAGAUAUCACUAAAGAUGACGUGAAGUCCUUUUUGAAGAGAAAUGCUUUUGUGCUGUUCACCGUUGGAGCUGUGGUCAUUGGUAUCAUGCUGGGGUUUGCCUUGAGGCCAUACAAGAUGUCAUACAGAGAAGUGAAGUAUUUCUCCUUUCCUGGAGAACUAUUGAUGCGAAUGCUGCAGAUGUUAGUGCUCCCCCUACUGAUAUCCAGUUUGAUUACAGGCAUGGCAGCAUUGGACAGUCGUGCCUCUGGAAAGAUGGGCAUGCGUGCAGUCAUAUACUACAUGACCACUACUUUUAUCGCUGUGUUUAUUGGCAUCAUCAUGGUUCUCAUUAUCCACCCGGGCAAAGGCUCAAAGGAUGAAUUCGCCAAACAGCAAAAGAUCGAGCAGGUCAGCCCUGCGGAUGCCUUCCUGGACCUCAUCAGAAACAUGUUUCCACCUAAUCUGGUCCAAGCUUGCACACAACAGUUCAAGACUCAAUAUGGCAAGAGAAUCAUUCAUGUGAAGAUGAUAGUGAAUGAUUCUAUAUUUAACCUAACUAACACCACCCAGGAGGUCACCCAAGAGGAGGUAAUUCCUCUCUCUGGCUCCACCAGUGGGGUUAAUGCCCUCGGGCUGGUGGUGUUUUCAAUGUGCUUCGGCUUGAUAGUUGGGAACAUGAAGGAACAGGGACAGGCUCUCAGAGACUUCUUCAACUCACUCAAUGAGGCCAUCAUGAGACUUGUCGCUAUUAUUAUGUGGUAUGCACCAAUUGGAAUACUCUUUCUGAUUGCUGGAAAAAUCGUGGAGAUGGACGACAUCACUGAGAUGGGUGGUCAGCUGGGCAUGUACACUGUCACAGUGAUAAUUGGCCUCAUGAUACAUGGGAUGAUCGUUCUACCAACUUUGUACUUUGUCAUCACACGGAAGAACCCCUUCAUGUUCAUCACGGGUUUACUGCAGGCCCUCAUCACAGCUCUCGGAACAUCUUCCAGCUCAGCCACUCUUCCAGUUACCUUCAGAUGUUUGGAAGAGAAUAACAAUGUUGACAAACGUGUGACUCGAUUUGUGCUGCCUGUUGGAGCUACGAUCAACAUGGAUGGAACAGCACUAUAUGAAGCCCUGGCAGCCAUCUUUAUCGCCCAGGUUAACAACAUGGACAUGAACUUCGGGCAGAUCAUAACCAUUAGUAUUACAGCCACUGCUGCAAGUAUUGGGGCGGCCGGAAUCCCCCAGGCUGGGCUGGUCACCAUGGUGAUUGUACUGACCUCUGUCGGACUGCCAACUGAUGACAUCACCCUCAUCAUUGCAGUUGAUUGGUUCCUGGAUAGACUGCGUACAACAACAAAUGUGCUGGGAGAUUCAAUAGGAGCUGGAAUUAUUGAGUUCCUGUCCAAAGAUGAGCUUCAAAGCGGUGAUUUGGAGUUGGGAAGCUGUGUGCUAGAGGAGAAUGAAGUGAAGAAACCCUAUCAGAAGAUUUCUCAGGAGAACGAAUAUGAGAAUGAGAAACCACCAGACAGCGAAACCAAGAUGUAGAGGAGGCAUGUUCAAUGCCCAACCAAGGAUUUUUUUUGUGUGUUUGUGAAUGUGCAGUGGCCCCAAAAGGUAUCUAGACACUAAAGCCAUAUUUACAAAUCUAUGAAUGUCUGCAUUAUAUAACAAAAUUUCAAACAAAGUGGCAUUUAUUUGAAAUAAAUAUAGCACAAGCACACUUUUCAAGCAAAAUAUUACACAAAAAGUAGUUUGUUAGGUUUUAAAUGAUAAAAAAAAUAAAUAAAAAAAAAAAUGACAGAGUGUGCAUAAAUAAGACAAAAUAAUUGGACACUUUCUGGUUGUCAAACAUUGUGGAACAUGUCCAUAGAUAAUGUGAUGAACUAUGUCUGUGGUUACUCUGCUAAGAUGUCUGUGUGAACUUAAAGAGUUAGAGGUACUUCAGCCAAUGAUUUUAAAUUCUCUCAUUAUUUACUCACCCUCAUGCCAUCCCAGAUGUGUAUGAUUUUCUUCUGUUGAACACAAACAAAGAUUUUUAGAAGAAUAUUUCAGCUCUUUAGGUCCUUACAGUGAAAGGGAAUGGGUACCAAAAUGUUUAAGCUCCAAAAGGUCAUAAAGGCUGCAUUGAAGUAUCCAUAAGACUCCAGUGGUUAAAUCUAUACCUUCAGUAGAGAUAUAAGUGUGGGUAAGAAACAGAUUAAUAUUUACGCCCAUUUUUACUACCACUCGACUGUCACCUUUACUUUCCAUUUCACAUGGUUCUUCUUUUGUUUUUGCCGAUUCACAUUAGUCAUGUAUAUUGCCACCUACUGGGCAGGGAGGAGAAUUUAUUGUAAAAACAGACUUAAAUAUUGAUCUGUUUUUCACCCACACUUAUCAUAUCACUUCAGAAGAUAUAGAUUUAACCACUGGAGUCUUAUGGAUUAUUUUUAUGCUUUAUGUGCUUCAGAAUUUUGGUACCCAUUCACUUGCAUUGUAUGGACCUACAGAGCUGAGAUAUUCUUCUACAAAAUCUUCAUUUGUGUUCUGCAGAAGAAAGAAAGUCAUACACAUCUGGGAUGACAUGAGGGUGAGGAAAGGAUGAGACAAUUUGUCCCUUUAAGGGAAUACUAUUACUAUUAACUUCAUACAUCCACCAAAAAUCCACUUGACACCAGUUGGUUAAAAAAGGAAAAUGGCUAAGAAAGGUGAAGUUAGUUCUGAGAGCACGUCUAGCAUCAUUUGUUUGCAAAUACCACUUGUUUUGAUAUUUUGUUAUCUCAUGCAAUGAAAAUUCAGACAUUGUUAAGUGUAACUUAAGUAUCUAAAAGUGUCCAAAUACUUUUUGGGGCCUCUGUGUUGGCUUUGUUCAUUUUUUUUUUUUUUCCCUAGCCUUCUUUUGUCCUUUUAUGGUAAUUUUGUUAAUGUGCUUUGGAUGUCUCCAGGUCAUGCCAAUUGUUAAUUGGAUUUGGCAGGAGAGUUUUGCCUUUAUAAAAAUAUAUAAUAACGCAUGUUCUUUUUUGCAUUGCUUUCAUUGUUUUAAUAAUUAGUAGAAAUGUGAAUCAAUGUACCGUCAAGAGGGCAUUGAAAUUAAUAAUCGACUCAAUGUGUUACACAAGCUACAGAGUUACAAUAAUAAUAUCAGGAUUCAAACCUUGAGGGUUUGAAGAAGUUCAACAGGGUCAUGUAUGUAAAUUGGACUGAUUUUAAGCAGAGAUGAAUGUCAAUGCUUUUCUCACAGUAAAUUAUUCACCUGAUGAGCAAGCAUAAGUUCUGCGCUUGGUGUUUAAUAUGGGCAGGAUUCCAUGAUUCAAAACAUUUGGGCUCUGUAUUUUACAUAAUCAUCUAUAAAUAGAGUAUGUGAAGACUCUUUCAUAUAUAUAUAUAUAUAUAUAUAUAUAUAUAUAUAUAUAUAUAUAUAUAUAUAUAUAUAUAUAUUGUAUUUGAGCAACUAUUUCAGCACAUUCAAUGACCCUCUUGUUGCCAUUUGCUAAAAUUAAUAAUAAAUAGAAAUAUUACUUAGCUGCUACUGAUUAUUAAUUGUAGAUAAAGGGGCUGAGUGUUAUUUCAAGUCCCGUGAUUGUGAUGACAUACAAAAUUGAGUCAUUUUGAAAACCGUAUAUCUUUUUAAAACAUAAAUGCUAUAGACACAAGUAUUAUACCUUCUCAACAGGAAACUGUGAUGUUUGUUUGCCUUUUUUUUUAAAUGCUUACAUUUGUUUUUGAGAUUGCUGAAUAUUUCCUAUCAAGAGUGUAAAGAACAAAAUUGGUGAUUAGAAAUUAUAUAGAAGAUAAAGAUUAUAAGGAUUGUGUGUAUGUUAAAUAUAGUUUUAAAUAAAAUGGAAAAUGGACAUUA